AUGGAGGAGCGUAUGAAGAGGAUGGAGUCGACGCUCGAAGCUCUAGUCAGUCGCUUGCCGACGGGCAACGAGAGUAGGAACAGCACGGAACCACAGCCCCCGGACGAUGACGAUGGAUUCCAGGGAGACACGGCCUUCCAGGCUCCACUCAACGCCUUCAACGCGAAUCUCGCAUCGAUUCGAGAGAAGCUGGGCUAUCAAGAAUCCGCCUCGCCUCGGUCCCACGAGGAAGAGAUGCGGUCGGCUUCGCACCGGGCCAUUUCACAUUCGUCACCUACGGAGUCAAGCAGCUCCAAGUCCCUGGAGAACAUCCGCUGCGGGCCAAGGCAUCUUCCUUUUCCUAGCAAGGCGGAAUACGUCCAAUACCUCGACUUCUUCUUCAACGACAUCAAUCCCUGCCAUCCCUGCUUGAACGAAGCGGACUUUCGCUCAAGGUGCCAAAGCCUCUUGACGACUCGCACCAUCGACCCAUCCGAUGUUUGUAUCCUUGCUCUGAACUACAUUCUCUUUGCCUGCACAGAUAUCCUGGUCCAUGUCAGCCCCGUACAAGAGAGAGGUAGACUGCCUGGGUGGCGGUGGUAUCUUGCUGCGGACGAACUCAUGCAGAAGCGAAAGAUCAGUGGUCGUGGCGACCUGAGUUUGGCACAGUUCCUAGUCUACGAAGCUUUGUUCCCAGGCCAACCGUUUCCCGAAACGCAUUCCGAGACAACGCAUAGCGCCUAUCUUUCAUGCAUGGUUGCAUUUGCUAAGUUUGCCGGCGAGAUAUGGGACCAAGUCUUUGCAUUCUCGGGCCCAGACGGUCCGGAGCUCGGAGAGAAGAUUACCGUUCUCGAUGCGCGCAUCCAGUACUGGCUCAACACCACGUUUCUGUCCAUGCCUUUUAUACCUCGAGGGAGCAGCCCGACGACGCGCCAACUCUGGCAGCAGUCCCUUGUGCGGACGCGCAUGAACCACCUACGCCUCUUGCUUCGCCGACGGAGAAUGGUAUCCUUAAACUACGGCACAACGGAUGGGCUUGUCUGUGGUGACGUAGCGAUGGACAUCAUUCGGGACAUACAAGCCUACGCAAUGGAGGUGGACAAACCGAGCUCAUACAGGUUCCAUAUGGCCAUCUCGCUCGGCGGAGGCAUCAUUGUCCUGGCCACUCUUCUUUGCCGAGACCUCACGACAAUCAACCUACAGGACCAUCGACCAUCUUACACAGAAUCGUAUCACCUCGGAAUGUCUAUGCUUCGCGACCUUGCCGUCACGCUGCCAUCAGCAGGGCGAAUCAUCGAUGAUCUGAGAAAGAUUGUCGAUGUCGUGGAUCUCAUUGUUCAAGACAGAACUCCUGGUGCGUUGCAGCAUGAAGACUUUACGAACCUUGUUCCCCCAAACAUGGAUGAUCUGCUGCCGUACAGCAUAGUCACAGCCGGGCGGGACAUGGGCACGGAUCAGCUGGAGCAAAUUUACGGAACGGGAAGGUGCACAAACAUCUCAAAGUUGCCAGUUUCCAACGCCUCUACGCCUGUCUCGUACAACUUGACACAGGUCUUUGGGUACAAAUUCGCCCUGUUUGCCAAGAGGAAGCGGUAUUGCGCCAUGCUGUCGUCCAACCAAUGCAGGAAGGAGAUAGUCCGUGGAGCCUGGGAGGACUAG